AAUUUACCACUGCCAGAUUCUUUGCGCCUGAGGUUCCAUAUCGUCGCAUCGCCGCUUGUCGCAUCUUGCGACAGCCCCAUCGCCCAAGAUGCUUUUCGGACUCAUCUUCAUAUGCACUCGCAUCUCGCAGAUUAUCACUCUGAUACCCCCAGUCGGCAUGCUCAGCUGGUUCGUCAAAAAGUUCAACGACGCAAACAUCCUCACCCCCGACGACAUCCUCGUGCUCUUCAUCGUCACCGUCCUCGCGCUCGGCUGGGCCCUCCUCACGCUGCUCUACUACUCGCGAUCCUCCCACAACGGCAUGUUCAUCUCCUUUGUCGACCUGUGCUUCCUCGGCGGCCUCAUCGCUGGCAUCGUCUACCUGCGCAAGAUCCAGUACGCCGACUGCCAGGACCCGUCCGUCGACAGCAUCUGGUACAACCACAUCCACAACGUCGGCAUCCCGGGCUACUCGUGGCCCGUCCGCAAGCCGUGCGCCAUGCUCAAGGCCUCGUGGGCGUUUGCCAUCAUGAACACCGUCUUCUUUGCCGUCACGGCGCUGGCGGCCUGGAGCCACGGGGACAGCGUCGUUGUCGAGGAGCGCGUCGUGCGCCAUCGCAGCUCGCAUCAUAGCCAUCGUCGUCGUCGAAGCCGUUCCAACUCGCAGAGCUACUACUCUUCGCGCCGAGGAUACGUAUAAAUGGAUAAUGGAAAAAAAGGGGGAGGGGAAUUUUGGCUUUUUUCUUUCUUUCUCGGAUUUAGAGAGAAUGUGGCAAACAUGCGAUUUACUUGGACGACGGCUGGACGAUUAGAUGACUGGCGGAUUAAAUGAAUUUUAUACUUCUUCUAUGAGCGAGGGCUGGGCAAAAAAUCAGUUUGGCGCAGCGCUGAUGAUUAAUGACUUGGAAAGGGCGGCAUGAUUGCCUGGAUAAUACUCUUCUUCUGUACGGGGUACAUUUGAUUGAUGUCUUUUUUUCUGCGCAAGCUCGCGUUGGCGAUAUAUACUAUAUUCC